CGAUGAGGGGAGCCGCUGACACAGAGCUUAGAAAGACAUUCACCCCGCCGCGUCUCCACGUGUUGGAGCAUGUACGAGCGGCCCGACGGUUCUGCCGGGGAAUAAUCGAAUGAGAACAGCAAUGUAAUGGGUCGGGCUAACUUGUCGACCGGUAGCUGCGUCGAGCUACCCCUCAUUCAUUCGUCCAUUCGCUCCUUCUUCCCAGGAGAUACUUCGUGGACAGUAUCGGCAGUUGGGGUAGGAUCCCUCCUAGGCGGCAUCGACGCGUUCGAAGACCCUCUUGCUCAGGUCUUCCGCUCUUGAUUGGAAGCAAGACACCAAGAGCCUCAAUGCCCCUCAGUUAGUUGGCCCCACUUCAUGGAGCUCCCUGAUGUGGGGUCCAUGAACCCCAAUUUCUUAAUGACAUGCGCCUUCAAUUGACAGCAUUUCUUUCUACAUCGAUAAACCCUCUUGGAGUUAUCCGGCCUUACAGAGCCUAACGCACGUCGACUCAGCAUGGCUCCUCUAGAAAACCCUACAGAAUACCAGAAGAUCUUCCACUGGGCGGAUACUCAAAAGGAUGGCUCAGUCCCGUCGUUCCGAACAAGGAAAAAUGAUCCUUAUGAGUAUCAAGCUGGCUUCGACAACAUAUUCGAGAGCGAGGCCGUUCCGGGCACAAUACCCCAGGGCCAGAACUCGCCACGCAACGUGAGAUUCGGGCUCUACGCUGAGCAGAUGACCGCCACGGCGUUCGUUGCGCCCAGACACCUGAACAAGAAAGCUUGGCUUUACAGAGCAAGGCCGGCUGUCGCACAUCAGGGAUUUACCGAUCUUCCUGAAAACAAAGACACCGAGUCCUGCUUCCUGCCGCUCAACCCGCGUGUGCAUGUGUCCCCCACGCAGCUCGCAUGGCUCCCAUUCGACAUCCCGAAGGAUAAUGAUGUGGAUUUUGUCGGGGGGUUGAAGACGAUUGCGGGGUCCGGGGAUCCGACGCUGAGGGAGGGGCUGGCGGUGCAUAGCUUUCUGUGCAACAAGAGUAUGCAGAAGAGGGCGACGGUGAACUCAGAUGGAGAUUACUUAAUUGUGGCACAAGAGGGUAAUUUGGACAUCCAAACCGAGUUCGGCAUGCUCUACGUCCAGCCCGGCGAAAUCUGCGUGAUCCAGCGCGGCCAACGCUUCAAAGUCAACGUCGAGGGCCCAACCCGCGGCUACAUACUCGAGAUCUGGGGCUCCAACUUCCAACUCCCCGAGCUAGGCCCUCUCGGCGCAAACGGCCUCGCCAACGCCCGCGACUUCCUCCACCCCGUCGCCAAAUACGAAAUCGAAAAAGAGCCCUGGGAAAUCAUUUACAAACUCGGCGGCAAGUUCUUCAAAUCCACGCAGAACCAUAGCCCCUUCGAUGUCGUCGCCUGGCACGGCAACUACGUGCCCUACAAGUACGACCUAACCAAGUUUGUAAACGUGGGCUCGAUUUCAGUGGACCACAUCGAUCCCAGCAUCUUCUGCGUCUUGACCGCGCCGAGCCGCGAUCCGUCCGCCCCGCUCGCGGACUUCCUCAUCUUUAGCCCCAGAUGGGACGUCGCCAGCCACACUUACCGCCCGCCCUACUACCACCGCAACGCUGCCUCCGAGCUCAUGGGCCUCAUCUACGGCGAAUACGCCGGCCGCAGUGACUCCUUCCAACCUGGCGGCGUCUCCUUCGAGUGCGGCUUCGUGCCCCACGGCGUCGCGUACGAAGAGUUCAAGGCAGCAUCCGCUGCACCUCCCCCGGAAAUGAGGAUUUCUGAAGGUGCGGUCGCGUUUAUGAUGGAGAGUAGCCGCCCGUUCACCAUUACCGAGUGGGCAUGGUCAAGCGAGAAAUUGCAUGAGCACGAGCCCAAGAUGUGGGAUAAUUUGGUGGAUAAUUUCAGCACGCAUACGGAGGAGGUGGAGAAACUGCUUGCGGAACAGGUGAAGAAGCUCGGGGUGAAUAGAGGGUGAGGGAUGCACUUAGGCUGUAGUGUUUGAGUGUCUGGAGGAUGCUUGUUUAUAUAUACCUCUACGCAAUCUUACUCAUGAAUGG